AUGCGCAUCCACCAAAGCAACCUGGGACGAUCGAGAAGAGCGCAAGACCUGCUCUUUCAAACUAUCCGGGAGAACGAGAUCGACCUAGCGGUGGUGGCCGAACCGUACAGGAUAUCGGACGCUACGGACUGGACCGGAGACACUGAUGAGAUGGUCGCCGUCACUUGGACGGCGGCGUUCGCUCACGGGGUUCCGCUGGAGCGCGGCAACGGGUACAUCGCGGUCCAGUUCGCGGGAAUGGUACACCGUGUCGCCCAACUGUACCAAUUCUCAGCGUUCGAGGAGUUCCUGGACGCGGUGGUCGACUGUGUCAGGCGGCACCUCCUUCGGCAGGUGCUCGUCCUGGGGGACUUUAACGCCCACUCCACAAAAUGGGGAAAUCCCAGAACCAACGAGCGCGGUCACUCGCUUUCGGACUGGGCCACAGGUCUGUGGCUCCUGCUGGUAAACAGGGGAUCGGUCAGCACCUGCGUGGCGGGAAGGGGGUGCUACAUCGUGGACAUCACGUGGGUCUCCCCCGACGCGUUCAGGCGGAUUUCAGGCUGGAGAGUGGCCGAGGGGGUCGAGAUACUCUCGGACCACCUCUACAUACUUAUGGAGGCGGGGGAAACACCGCGACCUAGAAUGGUAUCCGCGGGCGAUGGCCGCGGACCUUCCAGAGCGGGAAGAGCUCGCCCACCGCCCAGAUGGAAGGUAAAGGAAAAGAACGAGGAUUUGCUCCGGGCGGCCGCGAUAGCGACAGCUUGGAACUGGGAUGCCUCGGCAACAACGACGACUUAG